GGAGCCCAGGCCCCUCAUGGCGGGCAGGUGCCAGUUCCAUUCCAUCGGAGCUGGCUAUCUACAUGACGUCCACCAGACGGAGGUCACCUGUCACUCUCCGAACGGUGGGUGUCCGCUGAAGGUGAAGAGCAACACUUGCUACUGCUGUGACCUCUACGACUGCCGGGGGUGAGAGGCCGCAGGGCAGGGGCGCGGGCCCGGGGCCUGGGCAGGCGUGUCAGCGCGGUUCCCUGGGAAGGGGCUGGACGCAGGAGCGGGGCCCUGGGGUGUCUCAGAGCCUCAUGCCCUGCCCCCCACCCAAGGCUGGAGGGGGUUGUUCCAGGGUUUGGUCCAGUCCCUGGAGGUAAAUCUCAGCUCUGUGGGGACUGCCCCCCGAAGCCUAGGACCCCUGGAGUUUUGGGCCCAUGUGGGGCCAGCAGGGCAGUGUGUCCUGCUCUGCUCAGAGGCCUGGGGCAUUCCCGGGUGAAAACGGCCUCGGGCUCCGCUGCCUGCUGCGUCUCCCUGCGGAGGGCCCUGGGCCCCACCCUGCCCCGCCUGCCCGCCCAGGCAGCGCCUCUGCGGCUGCAGGUGACGCGUGCCCUUGCCAUGCAGCGCCCGGAGCCCCCGUCUGUCACGCGUUUGUGGGCGUCGGCGCCGGCUGGGACGCGCUCCAGCUGUACUGGGUGCUCCGGGCCUCGGCCGCGCUAGUCCUGGGGCCGCUGCUGGGGAUCGUCACCGCGGCCCUGGGGGCCUUCAAGGACGCCGUCCCGCUGGCCCAGCUGGCCUACGGCCCGUCCACGGCGCCUCGGGUCCUCUACGACCCCGCCCAGCAGAUCCUGGCCUGCUCGGGCUCUCACCCCAGGCCCCCAGCCAUCCCGACCUGCUCGUCCUACCCGCUGCCCCUCCAGCUGCCCGGUGGCUUCACGGCCUCACCUCUGCCCGAGGACUCACAGCCUCAGCCCAGCUCCAGCUGCCGGCACCCCCUCAGCGCCCCCACCCACCUCCUCCCCGGGGAGAAGCCCCCUCCCUACACACCGUGAUGCAGAGGGUGGAGAUGGAAAGCAGUAGUUUGGUCUGUUCAAAGCAGCCCCCUCCCCACUGUGGCUGCCUCCUGGAGACCCUCCUGCAGACCCUCCCUACAGACCCUCCUGCAGAUCCUCCCUGGCUCAUCUGUGCAGGAGAGGCCAGGAACCUGCGGAGGACCCCAGUGGUGAGGCCGCUCAGGCCCCCGCCCCCCCUCCCCCGACCCCGUGAGAGCACACCCCAGCUGAGCUAUAAUUCCCGCUGAAGCGGCUGGGCU